UACUUUGUUUGCUUGGUAUGGUGUGUGCAUGGUUUAUGCGUAUUGACUGCUAAUUAAAUGUUACCUUAGAAAUGGCUGCAGGUCCACAUAGCCUUAUUUACCUGGUCGGCUUUCAGCUUCAACUUGAUUUUUGUGAUUACAAGUGCAAAAUUAAUUUCAGUAUCACUUAUCAUUUUUAAAUAUGUUUGAGAAACGUCAAGGAAUUCAGGAAUUUAAUAACACUGAUAUUAAAUCGCCCAAGUUCGAUAACAAGUGAUUCAGAUUUAGUAGAAGAUUUGGUGAUGGGGAAACCUUUUACGAAAUAUCGUUAAUCUCCUAGUACGAGCUAUGUGUGUCCUAAAAAUUAUGCUAUCAAAGACUCUCCAUUUUUAAAAUAAAAUAUAAGGGAGCUUCUUUUCUAACUGAUGUGGUUUUCUACAGGACACUCUGAGCUCAAAGAUUCCGCAGUUCAUUUUGUUCGCUUUUGGAGCAAUAAAAACUGAGCCUGUGCCACUUUCUCGUCUGAUAACUAAACCUAAAUCGAAUAAUAAAUGCACAUUUCACAUUUACAAGUUGAUUUCAAAAAGAGUGCAGUGCCCUGAACCAUGCUGAAGAGUAACCCCUUUCUAUCUCUUUGAAAAGAGAUAGAAACUCAACUUUGAGUGUCUUCCAAAAUGGAAAAAGAGGGAAUUGUUUGGAAGAGCAACGAGACGUAAUGAUUCACAGCAAACUUUAAAACACGCAAUAUACGUUAAAAUUAUAAAUACCAAAUACACGUUAAUAUUGUUUCUUUCCUAUUGCUCCCCGAAUCAGGAUACAGGAAGAAGCGUCCUAUCCAGUGUUACUGUUGGAAGCCAUUGAAAUGCUAUUGAAAUGAAGUAACGCCCGUGGGGAUAAAGUUUUACGGAAGUGUUCGAUUCACGGACUCUACCAUUAUACAUGUACAUGUAUGUUGAGAACGCCCCCACAGGUCAUGCGUAUUUAUGCACCUGAGUAGGCGAUGUGCAUAUUUCAUCUUGUGCAAGUACAUAUAGCAAAGCACAAUCAUUUCCGAUCUAGAAGCGUUAAGAUCGCUCAGUUAAUCCAAGUGGUGAAUACAUUCAGCACCCGUCAGGUUUUCAGCACUGCAGUAAAAUGAUGAUGACACCGUCGAGAAAAAUAGCUCCCCUGCAAGACGCUCCUGGGAGCGCACGGGAUCUUGAGCACCGUCUACGCGACAACACUGACGGCAUCAGCCGCGGAUCCGUGAGUACGUUGGGAGUGGAGAAACUCCAGAUGAAAAUGGUCCUGGAGAAGGCUACGGAUUCCCACAGUAGCGGCAAGGACAUGGCCAAAAUGUUAGGGGUGAUUGUCAUCCCACUCGUGGCCCUGACAGUCAUGUCUUGCCUCGCUCUUGCCACCACCGUGACCCAACUACACUACUCCGAAGUCACCGUGGUGGCUAUCGACGCUGGCGAUCGCAUGACCGACCUAAUACUUACUAUGCAGGUGGAGCGUGGCUUGACGGCCACCCGAGUGAGUGGAAAUCUGACUGGUGAGAGGCUCACUAGAGAGUUGUUUGAGAAGCGGUCUCUAACUGAUCAGGCCGUGGACAAGCUGGAGACUCUACCAAUGCUCAACGUUUCGGGUGAGAUUUUCUCCACUAAGAAAGGCCUUCUCUCUGCUCUGAACGCUUACCGCGAAACAGUAGAUGUUAUGAAUGACGUGAUAACGGUUGCCAAUGUCAUCAGGUUCUACACAGCCAUCAACAGCCAACUACUGAACGACUCGCUCACCCAGAGUGCAAAUCUGAAAGAGGGAACUUUAUGGCCUCGAAUUGUGGCGAAAGACGGUCUCCUCCAGGUGUCGGAUCUUUUCGGAAUUCAGCGCGCUCUUGGCGGCAGUUUCUUCGCAGGUUGCUCCUUGAGUCCCAAGAACCUCGACUGGUUUCGGAAUGUCCUGUCCACCAGCCAGUUGCAGAUUAAAACUGCGUUUGCGUACUCUGACCGGGCGGCCGCUUUGUACGAGGAUCUUGUACGGUCCGAGGAUCCGGCCGAGUCGCACAUCGAUACCAUGCGCGAAGAAAUUAUUCGCGGGGCAAACCCUUGCGAGAGCCACGGCAAAGACGAAGGCGUGCGACUGUCCGAGUACUGGUUCAAUAACAUGACCAUUUUUGUGAAUAUUCUGGCCAAGGUUAUAGACAAGGAGACCAGGUACAUUCGCGAUGACAUUGAAGUAAUCAAAGCGGGUGCAGUGCAGGCGGUCGUGGUCAACGUUUCCGUGCUGGUGGUGACUGUGAGUGUCUCACUGUCCCUUGGGGUUAUCCAGCUCUUACAGGCCAAACGACUCUUGGGCACGAUCGGCCGGCACGCCCACAAUCUGGACAAGAAGACUAAGGAGUUGGCAGCGGAGAAACGGACGACGGAGAAGUUGCUUUACCAGAUGAUGCCUCGCAGCGUGGUCGACCAGCUGAGGCAGAAGAAAGAGAUGAUUGCUGAGGAGUUCGAAAAUGUCACCAUCUACUUCAGUGACAUCGUCGAGUUCACCAACUUGGCAGCGCGAAGUACACCAAUGCAAGUGGUGACUUUGCUGAAUGAACUUUACAGCAUGUUCGACAACUGUAUCGACAUGUACGACGUGUACAAGGUGGAGACGAUAGGCGACGCCUACAUGGUGGCCUCGGGUCUGCCCGAACCUGCUGAACACCAUGCCUGUGAGAUCGCCUGUAUGGCGCUGGACCUGCUAAGGGAGGUCCAGUUGUUCCAGAUCCCACACCUGCCUACGGAGAAACUCGGUCUGAGAGUCGGCUUGCAUUCUGGGUCGUGUGUGGCUGGAGUUGCUGGAAUCAAGAUGCCUCGGUAUUGUCUCUUCGGGGACACCGUAAACACCGCCUCACGGAUGGAAUCUACCGGCAAAGCUCAGAGAAUCCAGAUAAGCCAAGCGACCAGGAACGAGUUGGUGACGAAGGCCUACCAGUCGAAGAGAAAGUUCCUGAUUGUUGCCCGGGAGACCACACUUAUCAAAGGCAAAGGAGCCAUGCAGACUUACUGGCUGACAGAGGAACCCUGGGACCAGGUGGAUCUAGGGCCAGUCAGACACGUGGUUGUCUCCCCGUCGCACUUUGACUGACGUGGAUGGGUUCGCUACACUUCGGACCUCCAAUAAUGUGUGCGUAGAGCCAACAGCGCGAGCGACAAAGUCAUUACUCGCUUUGCGCCAUGUGCAGUCGAUAGAACCAUGUGUUUGAUCAAGGCGUUGACAGACACUCCAACGUGCACAAAACCAUGAAGUACAUUUCUUCGCCAAGCCCACUGUUUGAACAAGAGGAAAACGUACAGGUUGGAUAGAAAAAUUACCUUUAUGUUAAACCACGCCAUAAAGGUAUUUUCACUGUUGGAUGGCUAGUUAAGAUGUUUUCUAGAACAACAUUGGGCUGGGGCAGCUGUUGUGAAUUUUAAAUCAUCAGCUCAAUGUGUACCUUUUCAUGGUUACAUUCACUGCAGCACCGAGAGUGGCAAUGGUGUUUGGACAGCAUCAAGAUGGUCUAAAUGUCAGGCAUCAUCCGAAUGAGCAAUACAAGCUGAAUUGCACCUCUCGUUGGACGUAGCUGUUUUUAUUGGCUUAUAUACCUUGUUGCGUGCAGCAUAAUGUUAAAAGCUCAUAUUUUACAGGCUUUUGUCUCACAAAACUCACUAUCUAUUAUUUCCUCGAAAGGUGGACAAUAAUUUCAUUAAGAAUUAUAUAGCUGGUGUCAAUAAAGUGUUUACUAGUGGUCGUUGAUACUUGAUAUAGUGUGAUAACAACUUCAUUGCUUCGAUGAAUCAAUAUCAUGUCUACACAUUUGUGGCAGUUAAUAGCAGUUAUUUUUCUCCAAUUGCAGCGUCAUCGAAAUGCUAUGAGAUUUUCAAUUGUGGCUAAGACAGUUUAAGAACCUAUUCGGUUGGUAAGUGUGACGUCACUUCG